AUGAUGGGCUCUCUUAUAGACUACUGGUAUUACUCCGGCGACGAUCAGUACAACAAGCUUGUGGAACAGGCACUGUUGUUUCAAGUCGGCGACACCAAUGAUUAUAUGCCUCGAAACCAGACAUUAACAGAGGGAAACGAUGACCAGGGAUUUUGGGGGUUGGCUGUCAUGAGUGCUGCGGAGUACAAAUUCCCCGAUCCGCCAUCGGAUAAGCCACAGUGGUUGGCGCUGGCUCAGGCUGUAUUCAACACCCAAGCCGGUCGAUGGGAUACUGAACACUGCAACGGGGGUCUACGAUGGCAGAUCUUCAAGUGGAACCAAGGCUUUGACUACAAAAACUCUAUUUCACAAGCUUGCUUCUUCGCACUCGGCGCAAGACUUGCUCUAUACACCGGCAACAACUCAUAUGCGGAAUGGGCCGAAAAGUCUUGGGAUUGGAUGAUAGACGUUGGGUUUAUUGACAAGUACUGGCGUGUCAUUGAUGGAGCCCACAUUGGUACUAAUUGUACUGAUCACGUUCCCUAUCAGUUUUCUUACAAUGCCGGUGGGUUUAUCCUCGGUGCCGCCGCAAUGUACAACUAUACGGAAAAUCCUGUUUGGAAAGACAGGUUGGAUAAUCUGCUCAGCGCGAGUAGAGUCUUCUUCACCGGGCCAGACAAAAACAUUAUGACCGAAGUUGCCUGCGAACCCGUAGACCGCUGCAACUUGGACCAACAAUCUUUCAAGGCAUACCUCAGUCGCUGGCUUGCCGCCAUCACCAAAUGGGCGCCUCAUACUUACGACUUUGUCAUGCCAUAUCUGCGGGCGUCAGCCGUCGCCGCAGCCAAGCAAUGCGUUGGUGGUAAUAACAAACGAAUGUGCGGCCUCAAAUGGAACCAGGACAAAUAUGACGGCUCGACUGGCGUUGGCCAGCAGAUGGCAGCAAUGGAAGUGACACUUGCUUGUUUGAUCCAAGAUCGUCCUGCUCCAGUUAGUCAUGGCAAUGGCGGCACCAGCAAAGGCAACCCGGGCCUUGGCGGAGGUGAUAUGGGACGGAAUGAACCCAAGCCUCCAAACUACAAGCCAAUUACAGCUGGCGAUCAAGCAGGGGCUGCCAUUUUAACCAUCGCCCUCCUCGCAGCUCUAAUUAUUGGUAUUGGAUGGAUUUUUGUGGAUGAAACAUCAGACAAGCCCCCCCUAGAGCAGUUCAAAUGCAUCCAAAAAUCUACAAAGGCAGCGAUUGUCGCGGUCGCUCGUACUACUCCAAGUAGGCCAAUAAUCGAGAAGGGCGGUUUCGUAAUCAAUGCAACUAGCAAAAGAAGCUCGACCUCUAGUGUUCUCGAGAAUAACCAGGCUAUAGAGGCUGCGGCCGUCAGAAUCGGUCGUGUCCGUAGUGAGAGCGUGGGAACCCAACGAAGAUUGUCUAAUAUGCCAAUCGGUUGGCCGCGUCAGAGCUCAAACGUAUCCAAUGGUAUAUGGCUUGACACUCCGGAACUCCCUUCACAUACAUGGCAAGGGUCAGGAAUUAAAGGAGAUAUACAUGGUGAUUCUGAUGGGAAAUCAUGA